CCCCAGCCACGGCGAAUGAGAUCCUUGAAAACGUUUAGGUGGAAUUGGCGACGAAAAGCCUGGUCUGUAGUUGAAUUAAAAGUUGAACCCAUACGCUGCUAGCGCACAUGUGAUUUGGAUUAACCUGGCGGUACAGAAGACAGCGACUGCCUUCACUCAACGCCCAGCGGAAGGAACUGAGACAGGGGCACAUAGAGGACUCAGACUGAGGGCGGCCUUCCUACGAGGUUAAUGUUAUGAGACGCACGGAGACCGAGAGAAAUGGACACUGCCUUCUUAUAGAACAUAAAAUAUAAUUAAUUAACAACACAGGCUUAGCUGCAACCCCACUUAUUUACCUCAAAAUAAUGAAAAUAUCCUCUUCAUAUUACCCUCAGAGAACACCUCUACACAGCCAGAGUUCUCAAUGUCGCGUUUUCUGCACAAUAAAUUAAGUUCAGACAUCAGAAAAGGAGUAGAAAAUGAAACCCAAAAGUCUAUUUAAGCAAGCAUCAGAAACAUUUGCAAAACAAGUGAUUAAUCAUUGCUUGCCAAGCCUGAGACAAUGUUGGGUCAACAGGCAGUAUCGAGGAAGGAGCGAAGGAGCCAAGACUUUAUUAGUUGAUGUGAAAUACUGGUAUGACAAGAACGAAUGGUUUGGUAAUCCACAUUCAGUAAUUCGCAUGCUUGUUGGAAGAGCUUUCAGUGAAGUUCUAAGGGUCCUACUCAUUCGUGACCUGCCAGUACUGCUGUUCGUGUUCAUUUUGCAAGCAAUGUUUUGCAAUGAAGUGGAAUCCUUGUCCCCGGUUAUGUAUGAUCAUUUCACCAAAGCAGUUUCUCAAACAGUUGGCAGUUUUCUUCAGGCCAUGGCACCUUUUGCACUGGAGACCUUACACACAACUUCUAUCAUUUUUGAUCAUCCUGUACCCAUUGUUAUUUUGUUGCAAAACUCUCCACACUUGAAGGAGAUACACUUGCGUUACAACUUAAGUGACUACAUCUUGCUACAGUUAAAAAGAUGGUGUCCACAUCUAGAGUUCAUAACACUGAGUGGCAGAAAUAACAUAAGUGAGGAAUGCCUUUUCACAGCCUUUUUUAAAGGUUUAAAGAAAGUGAAAGUGUUGGAAUAUGUGGACAAUAAAUCUGCCUGCCCCUUGUCAUUUCCCAAGCUGAAGAGGGUCAAAUUAGAGUUGCACAGGAAGAACUUUGAUGAGUUCUUGUUUUUCCUUCAGUUUUUCUAUCCUGGUGUUCAGUGUAAUAUAAAUAAAUUCAUAAGUGGAGCAGGGGUGUAUCCUGUAGUCUUCAAAUCACUGCUGGAUCCACCUGCUUGUUUAAAAGGCAAAGGAACAUUUAAAGUAGACACAGUUAGAUUUGCAGUUCCACCAACUGCUGGGGCAUUAAAAGAAUAUGAUCCAACUGUUACUUACUCUUUAGUAAGACAUUUCUCAUUUUCUUGUAGGGAUAUAAGUACUUCUCAUCAUUCAGAAGCUCUGUCUAAGAUAAAAAAUCUUUUAAAACUAUUGGGAUGUUCCAGUGUUUUUCUUGCAAUAUAUCCCAAUUCAGUAAACACAAGUUUGGUAGCUACAGUACUCCUUGAAGAGUUGGGUCCUAAGUUAAAGGAAUUGCACAUAUCUGUGCAUGUACCCAUGGACAUUGAAACACUAUACAUGUAUCUCAAUGCUUGUCCAAAAGUAAAUUUGUUUUGCAUAAAAGCUACUAGGUUUAUAUUUGAUUCUCCUUGUACAAAAGCUCAUUUGAGACCUCAUCUGCAUAUGGAAACAUUAAGUAUUGAGACAGAGUAUCCAGUAGACACUGACCAUUACACUCAAAUUAUUGAGAACAUAAUCUGUGCUUCACCAAGGCUGACAACAUUGGAAUUGAUAGGACAGGAAAUCCACAAACCUGUGAGAAAUUUAGCAAUUUCAGGAAAACUUGCUGAGAUUCAGGUUCUUUCUCUGUAUUGGAAAAUAAUAGGAAUGUCUUUUGAUGACUGGAUAUUAAAGUUUUGCAUCUUUAUAGGAACUCAUCUUCCAUCCCUUGAAGUUCUCAUGUUAAGUCAUUUUCCAGAAGAGUCUCUUUUAAGAUUUAAGGCUUAUUUCCACUACACUGAUUUAGAAGUAGUGGAGAGGAGGCUUCCAUUUGUGUCUAAUAUUUAAAUCAAGGAAGAUAAUAGUUGUCCCAAAUUUUGUGAAAGAACAUGCAUUCUAUCAUGAGGACAUUAUUGUAAAUGCACUAAGUUCUUUCUUUAGUAAUUAUAUUAGCAUUACUGCAGAUUAAAUAAUAACCAUAUUGUGAGGGAUUCAGCUGAUGGAAGUAAAGCCAAAAAAAUUAGAAUAAUCAGUCAUUCAACUUUACUUUUAUUAUCAUUUUUACUUUUCAAUUUUCUUAAUAAGGUCAGAAAUCUAGCCUCCAAUAUAUGCUAUAGAUGGAAGUUGGAUUACAGUCAACCUUAAAAUGAUAUUAUGUGAAGUAUUGUGUUGUUGUGUCUUGCAUUUUUUUUAUGUUUCUGGUAGUAUUGAUGAUGAAGAUUAUUAUUGUUAUUUUUGUUAUUAUUAUUUUUAUUGCUAUUAUGAUUAUGAUUG